AUGUCGGAUUAUCCAUACUAUGGCGCGGCCUAUGGCAAUCGCGACCAGUCGAACAACCCACCUUACCCAACCUAUCCAAAUCAGUCCGCAUAUUAUCCACAAGAUGAUGGCCGAUCAGGGCAGCAUACGAUGACUCAAGGAUAUGAUAAUACAAUGGCGUAUGGCUAUAAUCAACAACAACUUCCAAACUAUAGCGCGCCCGCUAUGCAGAAUAAUAUACCCCCAGUUCCAGUGUUCCAGGGCUGGAACCAAGAAAACUCAUCUAUGCCCCAAUACAAUGCAGCGCCGCAAGGCAUGCAUUCUUAUGCUGGGUACAAUCAUCAAAAUUAUGCUCAAAAUUCGCAAUACUAUGCACCAGUGGCUGCUCCGCAGCCAACAUAUCAUUCCCAAACACCCGCGUAUGGUAACGUUGAAAAUCGCGAAAUGAGCGAAGGAGAGUAUGAUGAUACUUCUGCCCACAUGCGCUCAACAGCUCCGAAUGCUUCAAUUGGCGCACCGAGCUCGAGCCACUAUCGCGGGAAUGAUGGGAAUGGCUAUCUCGAUACUGCCCAUCGCGCUGUCUAUUCGACAGGCCAAGAUCCUGCUCCUCAGCAGCCGCCGCCGACUCUUCGCAAUGCAGCCGAUUACUAUAAUCAACGUCAACCUUCGGCCUCGUACUCCCCUUUCGUAGCCCAAAGUGAGCCAAUGUUUGACCAAAUCAAAAAUUCUCAGAUUAAGGAUACAGGCGCAGGUAAGGGGGCAUUGAACACAAAGAGGGGCGGUGCACAGAAAAAAUCAAAGCCUCAAUCACCGGUAGGAGAGCCUAAUAAUACUGCAUCCAUAUCUGGUCAGGAAAAUAUCCCCUCUUUCACAAAAGGUCAGGUAUCAGAGACCGUUGGAAGCUCCCACCCUUCUCAAGCUGAUGCACAUAACGAUGCCGUUACUUUCAAAACUGUCGCCGAAGCUCGUAAAAAAGCUGAAGGCGCCAUCCUGAAUCUUUGGUCGUAUGAUGUUCGAUUCCCAGCCUAUCUUGAAGAAGGUGUUGAUGAAAAGCUUGUCGGAGAAUUGUUUGAUGGGCUUAGAUUGUCGAAAACUGCAACGAAAACCAUCAGUGCAGCUUCUGCCCAAAGUCCCUCCACCAGUGUUUCUUCUGCGCCUACCUCCGGCCUCCCUGCCACUAGUGGACAUCCGAAUGGUCAGAUUUCCGCCCAAAACUCUACAGAUAAAUCUAAGCAAGCUAUAACUAAUGGAGCAGGCACUGCUCCUUCUGCAACUGCGCAGCCGAAGAGUGCAGCCGCCGUUGAGAAAGAAAAAACAAUGCAGGCGAAAAUGGACGCUCUCAGGAAAUCGAGAGCUGAGCGAGCCCAGAAGAAUGCGGCAAAGUCUGUCACAACUACCGCUACUAGUCUUCCAAGUCCAAUUGCUCAAGUUAAACCAACUACAAUUCCUGAAGUGCCUAUGUUGGCUACAAAUUCUACUUCCUCCGCUGGAAAAGUCGUUGAAAAAAACAAGGUUGGUACUACAGUUACAAGUGGCUCAACUUCAAUUCCAGCUUUGACUGUCACAACACAAUUUCCCCAACCGAACGCACCACCUCCAAAUAUUCAACAGACCUCUCAAAAGAUUCCGGGUUUGUUCUUAGCUUCUGCCCCACCCGCCCCAUCAUCUGUCCCACAAACUAUCAUGCCAACCCCGGUUCUCAAUGGGCAGCGCAAACGUCCAGUAGCUGCUGACUUUGACGGACCUUCGGCAUCCACCAUACCGCUCAAGCGACCAUUUGGUCAAAGCCGUGUGGAACCAAAACCGUUUGUAAUUUGUGUCAGCGAGGAUGAAGACGAGUCUGAUGAAGAUGUCGAAAUGGAAUUGGAAUCUCAGGCUGAUGCAGAUUCACCUGUUCAACCCCCUCGCAAGCUACCCGAACAAAAGGCAUUGCCGACGGCAUCUUCUUUUCUUCCACCAAAACCAUUCACUCCACCUCCCAUAUUGUCGACGAGCACCCCACCAAAUUUGCAAAGUUCUAUUAAGCCACAUCCUGAGGAUCUUCGACGCAAGGAAAGCGAAAUUGAGCAGUUGAAGAGAAAAAUAGCUGAGGCUGAAAUGAGGAAGGCAAAUAAGAGAACCAGCAGCGGUGCACAAACUCCCAUUAAUAACGUCGCAGCAAGUACGACCAACAUCAGCCUUGUAGCUAUUAAACCGAAUUCUUUAAUCGAAACACAAAAGGCAACCAAUAUUUCUAAGGAUAAAACAGAGUCUAAUGCAGCUCAAGCUGCCGAGCUUCAACAAGCCGCUGACAUUCGAAAAGAAGAGGCCGAACUCAAACGACUCCGACGUGAAAGAAUUGCGAGCGCCAUUCCCCGUGUGGACGCUGAAGCUUUACAAAACCAAGCGAGACUUGAGGAACUUCGUGCCGAAACCGCCAGAAUCGAAGCGGCGGUGCAAAAGAACCUUCAGGACAAACGAAGGCUGGUUGAGGAAAUGGAAAGACUAGGUCAGGAAACCGAUCAACAAUUGCAGGAGCAAAAAGAAAAGUUGGACAGUCUCACCCGUGAAGAGACAAAAGACGAUCCAGGUAGGUGCAAAAUUACAAUUAUCAGACUGCCCAUAGUAGCAGAUGCUCACAAUCCCACAGCCGAACCUACUCUAGCUUCUGCUCAGCCAGACUGUGAGCCAGAACCACAAAGUCUCGCCGAAUCCGAGCCAAAAUCUGCAUCAGUUCCUAUGGAACUAGAUGACCAAAGCGAUGAUGCUCGCGACGCAAUGCAGCAACAACAACAGCCUGAGCAAUCCCAUACUACUGAUUUCACCGCUGCCUGCCCAAUUUCUAUACCUCCGACCCAACUUGAUAGUAUCAGCGAUAUGGCACAUGACACAAUAGGAGACAAUUCUUCUGAGGUCAAAGAAGCAUCCGAAACCAACCAAGAUCUUGAGGCUGCGCUUCAAGAAGCUGUGCGCGCGGACGCAGACUCUGCUGGUCCCAGUGAAGUCGAAAUGGAAGACAGUGAUGCGCCUCCUACGCAAGCUAACGACGCAACUGCCACACCCGAUGAAGAGAAAGCAAGUUCCGAUUAUUCACCAGUCCUUGAGCGUUCUCAGCCACUUGCAACUUCAUCAACCCCUAACAUUCCUGAUGUGGUAGAUGCCUCGGAGAUCGCUGAUGUAGAUUCGGAUAACUAUGAGCCCCCAGAGGCAACUCCUGCUGCUGAUGAGACUUCGUCGGUGGCUUCAUCUCCAUUUAGCCCCGCUCCACCAGAUUCAGUCAUUGAUGCAGCAGAAGAUGGCGAAUUGCCAGAGUUGUCAAACGGUAACUCGAUCGAUCUUGAAGUUAUCUCUAAUGGCGUAGAACAAAGUCUGCCGGCAGAAGAUGGUAGUGUCCUUCAACUAACAGAAAAACCCCUUUCUAGCGACCCUAAUAGCUCAAGCUUUUUUACACCAUAUGAAAGCCCUUUAAGAGUGUUUCAUGCAUUUCGGUUUCAUCCAGAAUAUAAGCAACAAAUUACGGGUGGGCUGAAGUCUAUCACUUAUACUAACAAGAUUGAUGCGAAGAAAGAACUGUGUCGAUACGAAUUGAUGGGAGGAAUAUGCAAUGACAAUACUUGCGAUUUUCAGCAUUUUAGAGAAAUGGGACUGCCUGACGAUGCCGUUCUUACGAAAUUGGGAUCCCCAGACGAGUUCGAAGGAGAACAACGAGAUAGGUUUAUUGAAGGUUUGAAAUCAGUACUCUCGGGCCUGCGAGCAAGAAAAAUUAAAGACUUUGAUGCCAUUGCCUCGGAGAUUGUUGCACAUCGUGCCAACUUCUUGGGCGAUUCAUCAAAGGUACUCAGCCUCGAAGGCACGACACUUUAA